AUGGCAGCACAAAGGAUCCCAUGUAAGGUCAUCAUUGUCGGGGGUAGCAUUGCUGGUUUGUCACUGGCAAAUAUGCUCGAGCGAUUUGGCAUUGAGUUCGUCGUUCUCGAAGCUUACAAGGAAAUUGCUCCUCAGGUGGGCGCGAGCAUUGCAAUAUAUCCACAUUUUGCUCGCAUUCUUGAUCAGAUAGGCUGUUGGGUUCGAAAUCUGGUAGACAAGACCGUUAACCAUGGCUUUUAUCGCAAUGAAGAAGGAGAGUGUAUUUUCGACUUCCGCGGCUUGGCAGAUGGCCUGGAAAGAAGACAUGGUUAUCCAGUGAUUUUCAUCGAGCGUCAGAUGCUUCUGAAAGCACUAUACGAGAACCUUCAGAGCAAGGAGAAAGUCUUCCUGGAGAAGAGAUUUGUGCAGAUGGAACAUAAGGAAGAUGGAGUUCGAGUCACUAUGCAGGAUGGCUCUAGCUACGAGGGAGACAUCCUCAUUGGAGCUGAUGGUAUGCAUAGCUCUGUACGAAAGAGUAUGCAUAAAUUUGGAAAGAGUGUGUCUCCGAAAAGUUUCGAUCACGACGAGUAUUCCAAGGUGCCUUGCACGUAUAAAUGCAUCUUUGGCAUGUCAUAUCCGACUAAAGGAAUCGAAGGAGGGACCAACCACAUCGUUAUGGGUGAAGGACACAGCUAUCUGAUUCUGACAGGCCCUGGAAAAACUUAUUGGUUUUUGCAGGUCAAAAACAGUGAGACGACAUACGGAAAGGGAGUUCCAAACUACACGGUCGAAGAUGAACGACGCCUUGCAGAGUCGCAUUUUGAGGAUCGACUCAAUGAAUACGACACAUUCGGAGAUCUCUACCGAAAUAAAAUCAUCUCCAGACUUACUCCGUUGCAUGAAUAUCAGUGGAAACGAUGGUACUUUGGCCGAGUCAUGACUAUUGGGGAUGCCAGUCACAAGCUCCAUCCUAUUAGCGGAAAUGGUGGCGCUGCAGCCAUUGAGGAUGCUGCAGUCCUUGUGAAUGCACUGUUAAGCAAGCUCGGACAAUCACCAGGACAUCUCUCGACAAAUGAUUUUCAGGAUAUAUUUUCCAAGGCACAGCACGAUCAAGAAAACCGCACAGCACACCUUAUUGACCAUGCUACCAAAAUGCAAGACUUCGAUGCAAUGGAGAGUAUAUUCGCACCACUCAUUGUCAGAUUUGUCAUUCCAAAUCUCACAGAUGAUGCAGCUUUGGCAAUAGUUGGUGCAAACACUGUUCAAGGGCAAAGAAUCAAAUAUCUACCAGUGCCAAAACGAGAUCGAUAUGUGCCUUACGAGGACGAAUUGCCAGUAAAGCCUCUGAACAUCUAUCACAUUGACAAGUUGUUCUCCAUGAAUCUUCAUGCAUUACUCUUCUACCUAGCAUAUAGCUCUUCUAGCUUUAGUCAGCAUUUGACCAGGUCUUUGAGUGUCAUGAUCCUAGACCCUUAUCUGAAUAUCAUCGCUGAAUACUUCGUCCCAACCAUUAGAGAAUCUGGGGACCACCACGAAAACUCCUCAUAUUCUACUUUAUCGUCUAUUCUACUUAUCCUUAUGUGGAAUAUAGAAGGGCAUCGCCGUGGAAACAUGGCUUCAUUGGGAUCAUGGUAG